CAUACUACCCAGCUAGCACAUUUGGUUCCUUGGAAGUUGUGGGAAUGUACAUUUUUGGUUCAGAUGUGUCACCACCGGUUCUAAAGUGGUGUGACAAAAGUAUUGCGUGUCUUUUCAGGGGCCUGGAGUUUUUCCUGAUCUCAUGACCUGGGCCCGGUUUCCCGAUAGUAAUAAAACAUUAGUAUGCCUAGGUUUCAACAAUGCAUAUUUCCUACUACAUGCGUUUCCCAAAACACCACGCAGAGAGCAUGUUCGCUAAAUGUGUUGAUACUGAUAGGAUCAGAAGAAAGAACACUGCUCUCGGAUCUCCCUUUCCAAUCUUACCUUAAUAUUUGAGAUAUCACAUAUGACUACAAAUAUUGAGGCGGCUUAUUCUAAUGCUUACCCUAUAACAAUGCACUAAAUCCAUUAAAUAUAUUCAUGCCAACAUUACCGAAAGUAGUGUACAAAUAGUUAAAUAAAACUAAAUUUCAUUAACAUAAAAUGGAUUGCAAUAUUAUUCAAAUAUAUAGGUCUAUGUAGCCUAUACUGUAUUUCUUUUAAUACAGGGUUUUCAUUUAAAGUGUCUUUAUGUCCUUCGCUUGUUUUGCAAAGAAAUGGGCAGCUUUGUAUUUGUAGUCACUGUCACAUUCAUUCUAAAGUUAAUCAGCAACCACAUAAAGACAAACAUCUUGAUUUUGUGUUUAACUGAGAUCUUGUGUAUAAAGAGACGCAAAAAGGCAUUCACAACGUACUUAGCUGUUCGAGUAGUCUGAGGCGGUCAUUAAAAAAAAGGCAUUCACACCGUACUUAGCUGUUCGAGUAGUCUGAGGCGGUCAUUAAAUAACCAGUGUUUUUCAAGAGCAACUUUAGUAACGUUGGUUUUAGGAAACAGCUCAGAGAUCUAAGGAUGCUCCUACGACGGUUCUAAUGAUGAACGUAGGCUUUAAAUGCUUUUGGGAAACUGGGCCCAAGUCAGUUGUCCUCCCAAUAAGAACAGAAACAAGUGACUUUGUGUCAAUAUUGGACUUGAAAAGUAAACGUUUCUUAUGCGUCGACGUCGAGGAAAAGUGGUUCAGUUCUAUGAUGUUCAGCAGGAAAGAGUGCCUUUUCCAGCACAGGCGGAUGGAGAACCAUGUUGACGUGUUCUAUUCAUCCAGCAAUGGACUGUUGCUCCUACUGGAAGGGGCUGAGAUCCCUGUGAAAGGGUAUGACUUGUUAAAGAGACACAUGGUUUACAGAAGGAAGAGGAGCCAACAGGAGAACCCAGAUGCAGACUCCAUGGAGGAUCAGGACCUGGCUAUGCAACAGGACCAAGAACGAGCUGGCGCCAUUUCCAAGGAGACCAUCACUUCUUGUGACGACCCUUUGCGGGUGUUGCAUUCCAAUAGCCCAGGCAGUCCUACCAAAAUGGCUGUGCAAAAGGUAGACAAAGUGGCCCAGGGUGGUCUAGCGGUCUAAGCAGAUGCCUCUGGCACAUGUCUACAGUGUUGUCAUAGGUGUGAAUCCAACCUACUGCCCUCUCUCUUUCCCUACUAUCAUCCUCUCUCUUUAUCUUAGGGGUAGGCAAUCCUGUUCCUGGAGUGCUUGCAGGAUUUUGCCCCAACUAGGCAUCACACCAGACCAAAUGAGCAAAUUGACUAAAUUCAACACACCUGGUCUUCCAAGUUGGUUAAAUCAAAAACAUGAAGUCCUUGCGUCACUCCAGAACCAAGGUUGCCUAGUCCUGCUCUAACUGUUCAAUAAAGUCAGAAAAUUGCUUAAAAAUAUAUUUUUAAAAUGGAAAAUGCAGAGAAAGAGUGAAGCAUUGGCCAAUGGCUUGACUCGUAAGGCCAGAGAAAUGAGCUUUGAAUUUGAAGCUUGUCUGGAAAAUGUUUAAACUUUUUGCUAGAUAACAUUAAGGGAUAUAAUGCCAUGCACCAGUGCCUCAAUCCUUAUGAGUUUUUGGUUUUGCAAUCGUAGUCUGGAUGGAGGGGUCACAAUACAACUUGAGAAGGAGCACGUUAGAUUGAAACAAGGAGGUGAAUUAGAAAGCUGAUCAGUGAGCAUCAUGAGAAACAGUCUUACAUGCUUAUAUACAAAUCAUUCAAAUCCAGACAGAAAAUAUUUACACAAGAAGCAGUCUAAUAUCACACAGUCAAAACUCUCCGUCGUUUAGUUAAAUUCACCAUAUUCUGCGAUUCUUCUUAAGGUCAUUAAUGAGUGGAUGAGAAUGGGUGGAUGAGACCAUGUGUAUAGUGCAGUGAGAAGCCAACCCUUUGGUUAUGCAAGGGUGUGAUGCACUUUUUCACUGGGACCAGAAAUCGGCCCUGGCAUUUGUAACACACCGGCCCAUUUCUUUCCCCAAGGCCCAGACAGCGACCAAUUUUGUGGCCCCCAUUCUUAGCCUGAUGAUGAUGAUGAUGAUGAUGAUGAUCAUUUUGCACAAAAAAAAAACAAGUUAGGCAGGCCCACGAGGUAAACAAUCAACCGGCCCAUCUGGAAUUUUUCACGAAAUGCCUGAUGACCAGUCUGCCCCUGCACUUUUUAAAUAUUUACAUUGCAAAACACUUUCAAACAGUUUGGACUUUCAUCCUUGACACAGAGAAAACCAAUCAAAUCAUCCUGAAAAUAUGCAUCCUCAUUAUGAAAUGGGCACUUCUUGUUUUUAUAACAGUGUAUAAAAAGUUGAGGCAGGUCACCCAUUUCCUUUUCUACAUUACUUAGAAUCGUCUAUCAAUUCAUACAGAGAGACGUUUGAGUAGCAGUUGAUGAGGGGCCUGUUUGGCAACGUUAAACAUAAUUUGUCCUUUUUGGGUAACGCCUGGGUUGAACCAGUGUCAUGUGGUCCUUUUAACUCCUUUUAAAAAGUACCAUUUUAAACUGGUUUGGUAUUGAGCCUGAUGUUGCAAUAUUUUUUUUGCAUGAGAUUUUGCUAUGUAUGUCAAAAUGGACCAACAUUUCUGUAUGAAUGAUUGUAAUUGACAAGUAAAUAUUAAUUGAUACAACAUUGCAUUAAUGCAUUGUAACUUCUAUUAAUUGAAGACCAUUUUUCAAUGGAUGUGUUAUGGUAUUACUAUAUUUUGUCAAUCUAUAGGUUGUGGUGGAUGUUCACAAUGUUUAAAUAUG